UGUAGUGUUUGUAUGCCUAGUGGUGCGACUGCGCAGUAGUGGUGCGUGUGUUGAGAGAAAGGGCCAAAAGUGUCGGCCAUUUGUCAAAACGUUUGUAUCGUUUGUGAGAAUCAGUGCGAAAAUGGACGGCGACUGCGAUCGGUCUCAGACUCAGGCCAACAGCUGCCCCAACACGACGCCCACCAGUCCUACCACUCCUACCAGUCCUACCACUCCUACCACUCCCACCACUCCCACCACCCCUUCCACGACUGUCCUCAACAGCAACGGCGCGAAGGCGGACAAGAGUGCGCUGUCAGCCACGACUGCCACCACCACCGCCACCAACACCGCCAACACGUCCUCCAGUUCGCAGACCUCACAGACGGCGGCCAACACGACGUCCGGACCCGACGAAGACAAGAUCAAAGCGAUCCUCGAGCGCACAGGUUAUACGUUAGACGUGACGACAGGUCAACGCAAAUACGGCGGACCACCACCUGAUUGGACAGACCCUCCGCCCCCUCCCGGGUGUGAGAUAUUUGUGGGCAAACUUCCCAAAGAG